UCCCCUCCGAGCGCUUCCGUUUCCGGGCCACGCGGCUCUCCACCAAUCACGCUCGUCGGGGCGGGGAUUGCGUUGCCUGGAAGCGGCUUGGCUGCAAGCGGCGUCUGUCUGAACCGGGGCUGCGUCCACUGGACCACGGGACCAUGAGUCAAGACGACAGAUUUGCUUUCAUUGCUGAAUGGUACGACCCAAAUGCAUCUCUCUUUCGACGCUUUGAACUCUUGUAUUAUCCAAAAGAUGGGUCGGUUGAAAUGUAUGACAUGAAGAAUCAUCGCACCUUUCUGAAGCGCACUAAAUACGAUGGCUUACACCUUGAGGAUUUGUUCAUAGGCAACAAAGUUACUGUGUUUUCCCGACACCUUUCCUUAGUUGACUAUGGGGACCAGUAUACAGCCCGCAAGCUGGGCAGCCGCAAAGAAAGAACACUGGCUUUGAUUAAGCCUGAUGCAGCACCCAGGGUUGGAGAGCUAAUUGAUAUCAUUAUUAAUGCCGGCUUUACAAUAACCAAGGCCAAAAUGAUGGUGCUUUCACGGAAAGAAGCAAUGGAUUUCUAUGUAGACCAUCAGUCCAGGCCUUUUUACAAUGAGCUUCUCCAGUUCAUUACAAGUGGUUCCAUUGUUGCCAUGGAGAUUUUAGGAGAUGAUGCUGUGUCUAAAUGGAAGAUGUUACUGGGACCUGCAAACUCUGGUGUGGCACAGACUGAAGCUCCAGAUAGUAUUCGAGCCACAUUUGGAAUAGAUGGUAUAAGAAAUGCAGCUCAUGGCCCUGACUCUAUUGCUUCAGCAGCUCAAGAACUGGAGCUGUUCUUCCCUUCAGGUGGAGGUCGUGGACCAGCCAAUAGUGCAAAAUUUAUAAACUGUACAUGUUGCAUUAUUAAACCUCAUGCUGUUAAUGAAGGGCUCCCUGGAAAGAUUAUAAAAGCCAUCCUUGAUGAAGGAUUUGAGAUCUCAGCUUUGCAGAUGUUCAACUUGGAGCGUGCCACUGUGGAAGAGUUCUAUGAGAUUUACAAAGGUGUUGUUGCUGAAUACACUGAGAUGGUCACAGAACUGUGCUCGGGUCCUUGUAUAGCACUAGAGAUCAUUCAGCCCAAUCCUCCAAAAAUAUUCAGAGACUUCUGUGGGCCCUCUGAUCCUGAAAUAGCCCGUCACCUCCGGCCUGGAACUCUGCGUGCUCUUUUUGGUAAAAACAAGAUUCAGAAUGCUGUCCACUGCACAGAUCUACCAGAGGACGGGCUGCUGGAGGUUCAGUAUUUUUUCAAGAUUCUUGACAAUUAAAAUAAAACAGCAGAACAUGGACAAACGGCUAUGGUUUCAUUUCCCGAAGAGGAAAAAAAGCCACAAAGAAGUGCGUGUGUGUGUGUGUGUUCAUUCAUUUAUUUCUCCAAUGUUUUAACCUGACUGAAAUACAAGAUCAACAAGAGCACUGUACUCCUGGCUAUUAUUACAUAAUGUUAGAACAUAGAGGCUUGCACUUUAGACAACAUUUAACACCAUUCUAUGGGGUACUGCAUUGCUUUUAUAAAGUUUAAAAUAAAGAUUUAUUUUCACACAUGUGACUUUGGUUUAUUUCAUACAUUACACUUUCUUGCAGAAAAAAAUAAAAUUGUACAACUGCAUAAAUAUAAAAUUCUUCCACCAUGAAAAUGGUUAAAACAUUCAAUAAAGACAUUAGCACCACACUGUGUGAUGCCUCGGGGGAGGAAGGGAGAGAAAGAGAGAGAGAAUACACACAAAAGCAAAAUAGUUUUUUCCUACCACUGAUGAGUGAUAGCCUGACCCAGGUCUCACACACAACAUACUGGAAGAUGAGGGGAAAGGUGGAAAGAGACAGCAUUCGCUACAAAGCACAGUACACAAUCACCUAGUUUUCUUUUAGCGUUACUUAAGUUAGUUUUCCCUGCCACCCCUCCAAAUAAGAAUACCCUAACACUACAGGAAAAUAAGAAGGCUCUAUGGAGUGCUGUUAAAUAGUCUCACAGGUGGGCCUUUAUGUUUAAGAGGGG